AUUUUGCGCCUUGCAAUGAGGUGUGUGUGCAGCCCAUGCACCUUUAAAUGUAUAAAAGCAGCCAUAACUACAGAUGCUGCCAUGAUCUCUCGGUGGCUGCGAUGGAGACGUCUUCACUCAUCUUUCUGUGCCUUGUGGCAACAUUUUCAGUCCGUGCUGUCCAUGGACGGACCUUAGAGGUCAGCAUCGAUGAUGAAGAGGACGUGGACAUGGAAGUCUUGAUGGGGCUUCCAGGAAAGUGCUGGGCUUGCGAGUGGAUUUUAAACAAGGUGAAGAAACUUGCAGGACCAAACCCCACUGCAGAGAGCCUGAAGUCAAAGUUGCUCUCUGUCUGCGAUGGUAUUGGACUCUUAAAAUCACUGUGCCGCAAAUUUGUGAAGGCCCACCUUGGAGAAUUAAUUGAGGAACUCACAACAACUGAUGGUGUGAGGACCAUCUGUGUCAACAUGGGAGCAUGCAAGUCAAAGGAGUUGGAGCUGCUCUUUUAUGCAGAGAAUGGAGGUCCACUUAUUGACGUUAAGGAGCUUGACUGACUUUAGAUGUAUGAAUAAACAUUGCAAAAAAAUCGCAGUAAUAACUGAGAAGAAUUAGCUCCAGUAAAUAUUACUUUUGCCUUAAAGCUUUGUUUCCAAUCUGCAUUAACUUACCUUUAUUUCCUCUGCAAUGCAAUGUUUUUUUUAAAUUCUUCUGUCUGUAUUUGUGCACAGCUAACACAAAUAAACAGCUGAAAUGAUUACACUCA